AUGGCAAGUACAAUUGUCAGCAAUACAUAUAGUCGUCUGUGGAACCUGGCCAUUAAACAGGAACAAGAGAUUGAAGGACAUGACUGGGAAAUCCUACAACUUAGACAUCUGAUACUGAAAAUUUUACUGCUUAAGCCAGGGACAGCAAAUAGUGUCACAGAGAAACUUGUUCUAGCUCUAACUAGAUAUGUGGAGAAAACUGACCUCCAGACAGACAGACUUUUGUCAGUGCUUAAGACCUUGUCUAAAAUCAAUCGGGUGUUACUGAAAUGGAAACCAGAACAAGACAAACAAGCUAAAAUCAUUAUAGAUCUAGUCCAGACCCAGAUGAAAAUUUUGUUUAAUUACAUAAAAAGCAGUUCAGACAAAGAAGAGUUCAGAAGAUUGAUAGAUGUGUGUGAAGAUAUCACACAGUCCUAUAGUACAUUACUACAAGAUCCUGAAUCUAAAGGAAAAGAUCAUGACAGACAUUACUGUGGUUAUUUAGUGUCCAAGCUGGCUCAAAUGUGUUUUGAGAAGAACUUGUUUCAAAUGGCUAUAGUUUGUUUGGGUAGGAAGUAUAUAAGUUUAGCUGAUAUCUAUUUGGAAUGCGGUGAUACAUAUGCUGCCAUAGAAGCCAUCAUUUCCUGUGUAUUGGUUCAUCCUAGUCAUGUGACACAGGCAGUUAAAGUUUGGGUUAAAGUAAAAAAAGAUUUAAUUAAAAAUGGAAGUGAGGAAAUGAAUAGAAAAACUUUUGGACAGUCUGUUUUUGAACAAGAUAAAACUGUUGAUAUAUGUAGUCUCCUAAAGGCAGAAAAUGACAUGUUUAAGUCAACCAGAAAAAGAUUUUAUCCAGCAGAAAUAGAAAUAUUACAACAAUUGAUUAUAGCAGCAGCCAAUCAACCAUUGAUUAAAGGCAAAGCCUUGUUAGAGAUAGCUUUAGUACAUUGGCAAAGUGGAUUAAAAGGAAAUCGGGAUAUACUGGAGUACUUAAAACAAGCAGAAUCUGUGCUGGUUGGCAUAGAGAAUUCAGCGGAGGUGUUGGGCCAAGUAUACUUGUGGCAGUAUGUUAUCAAUCAUGAAGAAAUGUCAGCACAGAUUUUGUCCAGUAUUGAUAUUGAAGUACCAAAGGCAGAACCUGGAGAAGAACCUGAAACUGUCAUUGCAGGCACUCCUAGUGUUUAUAUGACUCUUGUCAAGGAAAAAGAGGCCAUUGGAAUAUUGGAUAAAGCUGUUGCCUUAUGGGAUACAUUAGGAGAUAAUAUAAUUGAUGCUAAUAUGUUAUUACAAUCGGUCAUGAUUUGUGCUCGUGUAUACCAACUUUUGAGAAAGCAUGACCAACAGUUACAUGUCAUCAAAAUGUACCAUAUGUUGGCUGACAACUAUGUCUCCACUGUUACCUCAGAUGCAACAAGUCUCUUCAUAGAAUCUCUCAUAUCUGUUGGCUUAGUAUCAGAUGCUAAACAGUUAAUUGAGAGCUUGGAUGACUGGGACCAACAAAAAUGGAAGGAACAGACAACCCAUUGUCAGAUUGCAAAGUGCUGUUAUAAAUUAUGUAGCCAACAGUAUGAUGAAGGAAUGUCCAUAUUGAAGGAGGUACUGUCUGUGAUUUCAGCACAGAACAAAACAUGGUCAGUUUCAGUUCUUGAAGGCAAAGCUAAACGUUUGAUGUCCCAAUUUCUGACCUUUCCUCACAAAGGUAACUCUGAUUACAGUUUAGAUUAUGCAUAUGAAGCUGUGAGGUUCCAUACAGGAGUUGUACAGUUUCUUUUGGGGAAAGAAUUUCUUUGUAAAGAUGCUGAUACAAGUAAAGGAAACUCAGUAGAUCGAUGGACUGCCUUGAUAGAAGUUUUAGAAUCUCUUUAUAAUCUAGGAUAUUUGUACUAUCACAUUGGCGAAGCAAGAGAAGCUAAGUGUUACUUAAAAGAGGGAUGGAAAAUAGCUCGAUACUUUGGUCUCCCUUCAUGGAAUAUCAAGUUUUCAACAGAGAUAGCAAAACUUCACUGUACAAGUGAUAAGGGAGAAGAAGCUGUGAAAUAUUUGUCUGAAAUUUAUAAAGUUUUAUCUCCAACUGCUACAACAGAACUUCCUGUAUCUGAGAUACUUGUUCCAGAAUGUAUAAAUCAUAUUUUAGGACAAGACUUAUGUAGCUGUUGUAAGGAUAAUUUACUGCCGAUAUUAAACCUAGUUCCUAUGGUUACUGAAGUAUACAUUGUAAUGGAACAGGAUAAUGAAGCUAUACUAAUGCUAGAAAAAAUGGAAGUAGCUGUCCGUCAGUUGAUAAAAGAAAGGAAUCGUGGGGAUAACUUUAAAAACUGUGUUAUGACGAAAGAGUUGAACUUUUUACAUAUGGAAAUCCUAAUCUAUUUAGCUGAAUUGUGUUUGAAUCAGAAUAUGUCAAGAAGUCAGCGGCUGCUUAAACAAGGAGAAGAUAUCAGUGGAUCAGAUCAAAGUAAUUUAGUAAUGCAAUCUAGGCUAAAACUUUGUCAGUCAUUAUGUGGAUUUAAUCAGCAAAGUUUUCAUAGGUCCUCAUCUGAUUGUGAUACAGUAACGGUAAAGGAUGACUCUACUCAGGACUUGUUUGACUGCUUACCUGUUGUUAAUCUAUCAAAGAAAUUUGAGAAGAUGUCUAUGAAGCACAAGAAUGAAGUUGAAAAUACCAGUAAACAUAUUUUAGCAAAGAAAAACAUUGGUGGGAAGGAAAAGACACAGUCAAUUGAUUUGGAUAGUGAUGCCAUGGAAACCAAUGUGGAGAUUCAUGAUAAUGUUAAAACUGAGAAUGUUAAAAGUGUGAAAAAAACAAGAAGAGAACCAACAAAAAACAAAUCAAAAAAAUUAAGUAUGGAAGAACAAGAUAAAGGUGAAGUUCUAGUCAAUCAUAAAAAUACAAUGGAAAACACUGAAAAAAAUGUUGAUGAUGAUUCUGAAGAAAUCAGUUCAAUUAAAGAAAAACCACAAAAGGGACCAAAGUUGAAGAAAAAUUCAAAAUUAAAGAAUGUAACAGAGUUUUCAACAGAAGAGAAUGAAGCUAUGGAAACUCCUAUCAAAACUCAGCCAAAGUUGUUGAUGAAGACACCAAGAAGUGUUUGUAGUCGUAAGGCUGUUUUGGAUUUGAUAAUGGACAGUGAUGAAGAUGAUAUACAUGUAAAACCUCUGACUUCUGUUAGGAAAAAGCGACCAGGAAGUAAAAGACAGUCUGCACAAAACUCCUUGAGCAGCAAUAAGGAUAUUUAUAAUUUCAAUGAUGAAGAAAAUACAACAAAAUCAGGUGAUGUCAAGAAUAAAAAGGGUAGUGUUAGAUGUAAGUCUGUAAGAUCAAGGAAAGGUAAAGUUGGGAAUGAACAAACAAUAGAUGUUGAAACAACACGUCACAGUAUCUCGGAUGACACAUCAGUAGAUUUAGAAAUUACAAGUCCUAAGACAAAAUCAAAUAAAAAAGAAUCAAAGAUACCUAGACCUACAGCAAAGUCUAAGAACCAAGUUAGCAAGAAUAAGACUAGGUCCAAAUCUAAAAUGAUGGAUGUAGAUGGGCAGAGUAUUGAAAAUGCAAGAUUAAAACAAGAUGAAAAUGAAUCAAAGCUAUGUGAUAUUUAUGAGUUUAAUGAAAAUGAAGAAGAAAAAACAAUUUGUAAAAAUGCUAAUGUAAGGAAAAAUUGUAAGAAAACAGUGACUACAAGAACCCAGAGAUUACAAAGGUCAAAGGUUGAUGGCACAGAAAAGACACGAUCAGAUUCUGAAUCUGAAGACGAGAAAUUGUUUAGAAUGGAUGACAGUCUUACCGUCAAAGAUGAUGAAUCAGAAAUGAUAGAUACAGAUCUUGGUGAAGAUGUUAGUUUUUCCGUCCAGUCACAAGAUGAUGUUUAUGAAUAUGAUAAUCUAAUUAUACAUGAGGUCACAGAAAAUGACGAAAUUAGUUUAAAUGAGUCAAUAGAAAUUUUCCGAGGUGAUAAUAAAGCUGGAAAGGGAACCAGGAAAGGAAGGACUCAGAAGAAAGCAGAAGAUUCUGAAGAGCAAGCUUCAGGGGAGACAACUGAAGUCCUAAGGUCCAGCAAAUUGUUAAAAAGAAGUCAAGUGAAAUCAGAAAAAGUUGUCAAGAUAGAUUCUGUUCCAAAGACUGACAGUCAAACUUCUAAUAAUCAACUAAUCCAGACUUUAGAGGAAGCCUAUAAACAAGUCCAGCAUCUUCCAUCACCAACCAUGUACUCCUCCAUAUGUCACAUGCUUGCCCUGCAGUACAUUGAUUCAUUCUCAUUAAAGGCAGCAUUCUACCUAGCAGAGUCAAUAGCAGUGACAUUCAGACAUCAGUCAUUGGUUAAUGCUUCCAGAAAAAUCAGAAAGUCCAGCAAGUUAAAUGAAAGUACAGAAGCUGCUGUUAGGGAAAAUGCCUCAGCAGAAGUUAACAAUUUACAGAAAAGUCAAGAAAUAUUGCAUUUUAAUAAAACAGAAGAAGAAUUCAAAACAAUGAUGACACAAAUACCAGAAGAUUGGUCUGUUUGCCAGAUAUCAGUAAUUUCACAAAGUACUCCUGCUGUGAUAAUGAUAAGUCGACUUGAUAGAGAAGGACAGCCUGUUGUUGAACAGCUACCAGGGUUUAAUUCAGAACAGGGAAGAGAAAUACUUUCAGAAUUCUCCACAAUCAUCAAUGAAAGCAGAGAGACAAUGAAAAUAACAGAAAAAAAUGAUUGGUGGAAAUUGAGAAGAGGUUUAGAUACGAGAUUGCAGAAAUUACUAGAUAACAUGGAGAAGUUAUGGCUGGGAAGAUGGAAGUUUUUGUUGCUUGGUAACCCAGUUGGUGUAAGUGCUGAUGACCUGUAUCAAAUGACAGAAAAUAUUAUGAAGAUGCUAGCUGAACUUUCUAACCGACCAAUCAACAGAGCUGUUAUAAGAGCAUUACUCCAGAGUGGUAACGUUCUAACCAGUGACCAGUUAAAUCAGGUGUUGACCAAUCUAACUGACACAGAUGAAGUAUCAGAAGUAUCUAAAGCUAUUACACAGUUCUGGAAUAAACACAUUCCAAGUGAUGUCAAACGACAUCAUGUCAUUCUACUGUUAGACAAGAUGCUACAACAUCUUCCUUGGGAGAACUUACCCAUUCUUAGAUGUCAUUCUCUAUCUAGACUACCUUCCCUUUAUCAUAUGAUUAAUUACCUGUCACAAACGUUGGAGAAUACAGGUGUAUCUAUUGUAGAUAAACAGAAGGUUUAUUACGUACUGAAUCCAGACAAUAAUUUACCUGCAACACAAGAAACUUUCCAAGAGUGGUUCUUAAAAACUAAAGGCUGGCAGGGUAUUGUUGGUAAACCUCCUACAGCAGAACAAUACAAGGCAGCUUUGACUCAGUAUGAUUUGUUAGUAUACUGUGGUCAUGGUAAUGGUAACAAAUAUCUGAAUGGAGAUGACCUACAACAACUAAAAUGUCGAGCAGCAGUAUUUCUUAUGGGAUGUAGCAGUGGUCAGUUACAGACUCGAGGGCAGUUAGAAGCUUCAGGAAUGAUGCUCAAUUAUUUCCUAGCUAAUUGUCCAUGCAUUGUUUCCAACUUAUGGGAUGUUACAGACAAAGAUAUUGAUCGAUUUCUAGAACAUCUAUUACAGUCUUGUCUCUCUGAUAAACCUUGUGAUGUUUUAUCUAAGAUAUCCACUGCCAGAGAGGCUUGUCGUUUACCUUUCCUGAUAGGAGCAGCUCCAGUAGUUUAUGGUUUUCCUAUUGUCACUAGAGUUGAUAAGUCUUCAUGAUCCGGUAAAGUGCUGGUCAAUAACACAGAGUUUAUAGUAUCAUCUGCUGUAUUAACACAUUUAGUAGAAGUAUACUGUUUAUUUUCGAUUAUGGUAGAGUGAAUAUAACCUUGAUAAAUGUAAAAUUUUAGCAUAUUUCUUAAAUGGUAUUUAUAAUAGUGUGAAUGUAUGUUGUUGAAAGUGCUAAUUGAGAUUCAAGCUUAGCAGCACAUUAACUUUUUUAUAUUCUAAAACAUUGCUCAGGUAUAUCUGACAGGCUGAAUUUGUUUUAAUGCAGCCGAAUAUAUGUGGAAACUUCCAAUUAUACGCAGACAAGUCAUUGUAACAGAAGCACUGUAAAAUAGAGCUUUCCAAGAGCUGUUAGUGUAAUAAAGGCAGCUUUAUUGUGUAAACUCCCAUCUAUUGAACGUUACAUUUUCUUAAUUGGGAAAUUUUUUUCUACAACACAGAAAAAGAGUGAAACGGGAUUAUGUGUAACUGGCUUAAAGAUGCAACUGAAACAAAAUGGAAAAUAUCUGCUGCAAUCUAUAAAGAUGUUGCAUACAAACAUUAAGACACUAUUAUCAGAUAAAAGUACUUUCAAGCACAUUUAAGCCAUUUUAUGUCACAUAUUUCAAAUUGUGUAGUAUUUUAUUUCAUAUGAAAUAUCUAAAAAUUGUCUUAUUAGUACUUCCUAGUAUAAAGUCUAAUGUCUUGUUUAAUCCUUUAGAGUAUUGUAUUGUAUUAACUGAAAUAGUACACAUAUCUUGUUAACACACAGAUUUAUCUAUAAACCAACCAAUUUCACAAUAGAUGACAUUUGUACUGACUGAUAUGUUGUUUAUUUUAUCUUUUUGAUCAUCAAGAACUAUUAUGAUCACUUAAUACGUUCACAAAUCCAUAACAAAAAAAGUUCUUAAUAAGAAGUUACCUGAGAGCCAGAAUUAUUUUUUAAUCAUGAAAUACUUCCACCUUGCCACAAUGCUGUCUGUCAAAUGUUCAUAUAGUUUGGACUUCUAUGAUAGAACACCCUUUAUCAACUUUUAUAGUUCAUUGCACUGGAUGUUAAGCAAACAUCAAUCAAUCUUUUCAUUGCCUACAUUUAAUGCUGCAAUACUCAGGUAAAUUAUAUUGGCCUUGGCCUUUAAUUAUUUAUAAAAUGUAAAAAAAAACAUUGUCUUCAUUUAAUUUUGAAAAUAUAACAAUAUACCAAUGGAAUUAAAUCUGAAAACCAGAUGACACAUAUGGAAAUGAAAAUAAAACUGGACAUUAGUCUUAAUUAAAUAAGGUUAGGUUACAGUAUGAUGUCAUAUAUUUUGGAAUAUAACUUUGGCAUAUUGAGCUUUUAUAAAGGAAAAAUAUCAGUCAAAACACGUUAGAUUUUAACAGAAAUAUAUUAGGUGUAUCAGAACAAAUAAAGUUGAUAUGGGAAUGUUUUUCACUAAUUUUAUGUGCAUUAUUCAUAUUGAACAUCUACUUUAAGAAUUUGCAUCAAUAAUUUUCAAGCAAAUAACAGAGUUAAAAUGAUUUUUUUUCAGUUUAGUUCAAUUACUCCAUGUUGCAAAAUUUGGACAAAUAUGCCAGUGUCUAUUUACUGUUUUUCAACUUUAAAUGAAAAUUAUUGGACUCGCUUUUUUUUUCUGAACAGGAUACAUAUAUAUACUGAAAGAAGUUAGUAAUACAAAAAUUCUGGAAGACUUAUCUAUUUUAUGCAUAAAUUUCAUGUCAUUUUAUGCCAUUGAAAAAAUAGCAAGAUAUAAAGAUUUCCCAAAACAUCAAAUUUGGAGAUCCAAAAAUAUCCUGAUGGUUAUAAAAAUGAACAAAGAUUUCAAAAAAUGAUAAGUAACAAAUUAAUGCAAAAACGUCAGUUUCUUAAAUGUCCUUAGUGUUGCAUUAUUAAAGCCUGUCAGUAUAAAAACUUCAUAACCUAAUUAGAUAACAGCAAAUGUCCUUAGUGUUGCAUUAUUAAAGCCUGUCAGUAUAAAAACU